AUGAGAACUUUUGAAAUAAACCAAAGAAUCAAGAUAGAUGAAAAAAAUGACAUUGAAAUGCCCUACGUUUAUAUCAAGGAAGGAUAUAUACCAUUUUCGUUUAGAUGGUGGCACUCUGCGGCCCGAAAAGUCUUAGGACAUGCUUUAAUUGUUACCGCUUUCUCAGCUGUUGUGACUACAAUAUCUUUAAAAACGAAAUAUAAGCUCGAUAUUCCGCUAACAUUCAUUAAUAUACUUAGUUUUGUUGUGGGUCUUUUGCUUGCCUACAGAAUAAAUGCUGCUCAUAAUAGACAUUUAAAUAAUGGAAGGUUGAAAGCAAAAAACAAGGAUAGGUCGAACACGGAAGAAGAAAUCAAAGAAAUCAAAGAAGAAGAAAUCAGGGAAGAAAUCAAAGAAGAAAUCAGGGAAGAAAUCAAAGAAGAAAUCAGGGAAGAUAUCAAAGAAGAAAUCAGGGAAGAAAUCAAGGAAGAAGAAGAAGAGGAAAAAAUCAUGAUAGAGGAAGAAGAAAAAGAAAUUUUCAGAGAAAAGAGGUGUGCCGUAAGAUUACUCAUAGGAUUUGCAAUAGCUACAAAGCAUUAUCUACGUGAAGAGAGAGGAGAAGAAUGCAAACCGUUUAUUUCGAACAUAAAUUCAACUUUACCGGGAUUUAAAGCUCUGAUGGUUUUGGAUGAUAAAAGUGAGAGCGAAAACAUUGAUCAGGAAGAAUCAGAGUGCUUACGAUUCAAAACUUUAUUUCGCAGAAACCUGAGUUUAUAUGUUCAUCACAAUCUUCCUUUAGAGAUUUCUUUAUAUAUUUCUGAUUAUAUCACAACACAAUUUCAAGAAGAGAGGAUAAAUGUCCCAAUAGCUAUUCAUAUGUUAACGAAUCUUAAUUUGUUGAUAGAAUGUUUAUCAGCUUUUGAAAGAAUUUCGAGAACACCGGUUCAUUUUGCAGUUGCAAUCCAUAUAGCCCAAACUGUAUGGUUUUAUUGUCUCUCCUUACCUUUCCAAUUGGUUUCUAUUCUUGGUUGGUUGACUAUUGUGGUUGUGUUCUUCGCUGCCGAAACUCCUAGUUGGGAAACCACCACUCAAAUUUUAUGA